UAACAAACCCCAACCCCCCCAAAACACCCACACACACAAACACUCACGCUUAAAACGCCAACUCCUACACACACUGAGAGUGCAAAACCCAACCAAAAAAAAAAGAAAAGAAAGAAAAAAAUAAAAAGAACUCCUCCGGCAAUGGCUUCCCUUGUGAUUUUUAUCAUUCUCUCAACCCUCAUCUCUCUUUCCACAGCCGAAGAUCGCGUCCACGGCGUUGCGAACGAGGGCCCAAUAGCUAUCUCCCCAGAAGCAUACGCAUUCUUCCACCCCAACACCCUGCAGCCGGUGGCAAACAACCCCUCGCUGCCUCUAGCGGCAGCCACCGUUCAGUCUGCUCCGGCACACCAAAGCGCCGCCGCCGCCACCGCCACGGGUGGUCGAGGGAUUGGAGCUGGCGGCGUGGCUGGAAUUUCCGUAAGUUUCCUAUUUGUGUGCCUCGCCGGAAUUGGAGUUUACUACGUGAUGGUCAAACGGCGAGUCAACAUGCAAAAGGCCAAUCCCGAGCAGAAAGUUUGAUUUGAUUUUCAUUAGAAUGUAGUCAAUAUCUAUUUUCUAUCUUCAAAUCGUAUCUUUUAAUUAUGUUUUAGAGAUAUCAGGAUAAAUUUUCCUGUAUGUAUUUUGAUGGUUUGUAAAAAACAAUUCAGAACUCACGUGAUUUUCUUUUGAGCUAAAUGAUUACUUUGAUUAAACAA